AACCUUCUACCAGAAUACCGUACAUCAACUUUUAUAACAGUCCCAACUAACAGACCAAACCCGGAAGCAUGGAGAAAAUUCUAAAACGUGGUUUCGGUGUUGCUUUGUUCCGGCGGGACAUUGGAUCGCCGGCGGGAAUAAGGUCAUGCACAUCUGAAGCUUUGGUGGAAGUCAAUCCCGGUGAGGUCGGAGUCAUCUCCGGCAUCCCUCAGGAACAACUCCGGCGAAGGGUCUUGAUUUAUUCACCAGCACGCACUGCAACUCAACAAGGCUCUGGAAAAGUCGGGAAGUGGAAAAUCAACUUUUUGUCCACACAGAAGUGGGAGAAUCCGUUAAUGCGGUGGACAUCGACGGGUGACCCGUAUGCCAAUGUUGGUGAAGCAGGACUUAGUUUUAACAGCGUGGAGGCAGCAAAGGCAUUUGCCGAGAAACAUGGCUGGGAAUAUGAGGUUAAGAAGCAUCACACUCCUAUAAUCAAGGCUAAAUCAUAUGCAGACAACUUCAAAUGGAAAGGACCACCAGCAACCGACCAAAAUUAAUUAGGCUUUCUUCAUGUUAAAAGCCUAGCCUAAACUUCCAUACUCAAUCCUCAUGUUUGUAAAAAUUAAUAAAACAAAAAUUCCCAUCUUUGUAAAAUAAUAAAACAAAAAUGCCCAUCAGCAGCAUCUAAUAUAAUCUAAUAUAUAAUAUAAUAUAAUA